AUGUCAACCUCUAACAACAUUGCACAAGCUCGGAAGCUGGUGGAACAGCUCCGCAUCGAGGCCGGUAUUGAAAGAGUAAAGGUAUCUAAAGCAGCAUCAGACCUCAUGAACUACUGUGAGCAGCAUGCUAAAAACGACCCGCUGCUGGUUGGAGUGCCAACUUCAGAAAAUCCAUUCAAAGACAAAAAGCCAUGCUCCAUUCUUUAA